UGUUGAAGGAAGCAUGUUUAACGUUUGUUAGCCGACUGUUAUCAGCAGUGAGUAACCUGUUCAUACGGAUAGAGAGGUAUUUUAAACGACUUGCGCGAACAAUAUGGCACGUAGCUAAGGAACAGACUGCGAAUUUAAUGUAAAAUGGCUGAAACGGUAAGUUCAGCACGAAGAGGACGCAUGGACUUCAGUCCAGUGAGGAGACACGACUCGAACAAGGAGAAUGAUGUUCCCGUUUUGAGUUUGAUCCAGUUUUCAAAGGCUCCUUUUCUGACCUUCGGGACAGUAAAGUUGGGCACCUCCAGGUCGGUUGUUCUGCGGAUAGAGAACCCCACAGUGGACGGAGAUGCGGAGGUUACUGUUGAAAAGAUCCCGUCUAGUAAAGGCUUUUCUGUGGACCACAAUACGUUCACGAUCCAGCCUGAGGGCUCAUUCAGUUUGACAGUGAGCUGGACUCCAACAGAAGAAGGUGGGAUCAGAGAGCUCAUCAUCUUCAAUGCUAAUGGGAUCCUCAAGCACCAGGCUGUUGUGCUGGGAAGAGCAGAGGCUCCGAAAAGGAAAAAGAAGAGCUUAUGGGAUACAAUCAAAAGCAAAAGAGAGGGGGAAAAGGUGGCUGCACCGAACAGAAAGAAAACCGAAUCCCCACUGAAGAUGGCAGCCAAUAAAACAUUCCAAGUGUCCCGAAAGCCACAGUACAAACGGGACAAACCGCGCAGCCCACUGGCUUCGCUUAACGAGGAAAAGGUUGUCAGAGAGAGGUCGCUUACCAAGCACAGCCCCAGUGAUGAUUGCUGCCUGACAUCAGAGGAAGUCAAGGCCCUAAAUCUCAACCAAAGGCAGCAGCCUCUGGUGUCGUCAGACCAGGAGAAUAUCUGUCAGAAGAGCUCUCCCCUCGUCCUGCUUGUCCCGACGGCAAAGCUGAUGGACUCUGAAAACAUGUCUGCUUGUUCAGACAACCUGGUAGGAAAACCUGACAACAAAGAGCUCACUAAGAUGCUUAACAGAACGCUAUCACCUAUCGGGACACCAGAGAGGUUUAAGAAGCUGAUGCCUCAUAUUCAUCCAGAGAGCCCACUUCCCGCUGCUCCUCAUGUUUACGACGAAUCAUGCAAAGCCUCGGGUCUGUCUUUGAAGGAUGCGCUGGUGGUCAUUGGCUCUGAUCUGAUCUCCUUUAACACCAGUCCCCGAGAUGCUAAUUUGAGCUGUGAAUUUUCAGAUUCGCUGGAAUCCCUGAGCGACAAGCAAAGCAACGGACCUCACACAAAUGUCCUCAAAUCAAAACAUGGUAGCCCGGAGCUGUGCAAGCCAAACGAGCCAAGACUGACUUUCUUUGUCAGCAAAAAGGUUGUUGUGAAUGAGGUCGUUAUUUCAGAGACCGAUAAGGCCAAAGAAAAUGUAAAAAAGGCCUCGUUCUGCUCCGCCACGGUGACCAAGAGCAAAGCACCAGUGGAGGCAAACUGUUCGAGUGGAAGGAAAAUCAAGAAAUCACGGCGACGGCUCUUAGAGAAGACACUUGAGCUGUCUGAUGGCAGCAGUCAGUGUGAGUCUGGACGAGACACUCCAACCCUCCCUGUGAUAGAGCCGGACGGAGCAGCCACACUGUGUGAUGACGGCCAUCGAGCCUCAGAGUUUACCUCCUCCAGCCCAUCUCCGAGGCCCGACGCCUCGCCCGCUCCCAUCACCUUCCCCGUCUCCUCCCCUCCACUCAUCGCUCCUUCUCGCUUCUCCUUCUCCCUCGCUUCUCUGCCUGCUUCAGAUCCGACUCCCAUCGCUUUUACCCUCACGUCUCCAUCACCUGUGGGCUCAUCCUCUCCUCUCCACUUGUCAAACUCUGGUCUGUACAAACAGUCCCCAACAGUUUUACCCCCUCCUUCCAUUCAGGAAGAAUUGUUUCCUAUUCAUGUGGUGGGAAAGAGCAAGAAGAGGAAGAGUGAGGAGUAUUUGAGAAGUGAUUACAAGACUGAGGAUGCUGGGAAAACUGAGCCAGUCAAAAGGAGCAGGGUGGUGACCAGAAGAACCGAGCCCUCGAGACCAGUGCAGGAGAAGAGAGGUGUAUCACAGCGGCAGAGAACAGCAGGCCCAGCAGGCUCAAUGACCACAUCUUCUCAAAAGACUACAAAGUCUUCAGUUCCUGCUCAGGCUAAACAACCAAGCUCCAAAGCCAUCUCACGAGGUGCUGCAUCUCGGAAAACAUCUGCUGCUCCAUCUGUGAAGACGGCAAAAGUAGUCGCUGUAGCGCAGUCGAAGCUGACGUUUAUUAAGCCGGCUCAAACAGCUUUACCGAGACACCCCAUGCCGUUUGCCGCCAAGAACAUGUUCUAUGAUGAGAGAUGGAUUGAGAAGCAGGAGAGGGGAUUCACAUGGUGGCUCAACUACGUUCUCACCCCAGAUGACUUUAAAGUGAACACUGAAGUCACUACAGUGAGUGCCGUGUCUCUUGCCAUGGGCAGCGAUGACAACUUCAGUGUGCCUAAAGCUCCCACCAAAGAGGAGAUGUCUUUCAGCACCUACACGGCCAGGCGGAAGCUAAACCGCCUCCGUCGUUCUGCCUGCCAGUUGUUCACAUCUGAAGCCAUGGUCAAAGCUAUUCAGAGGCUGGAGCUGGAGGUGGAGGCCAGACGGCUGCUUGUCAGGAAAGACCGCCACCUUUGGAAGGACAUCGGUGAACGCAAAAAAGUCCUCAGCUGGCUGCUUUCAUACAACCCGCUGUGGCUGCGGAUCGGCCUCGAGACUAUCUUCGGUGAGCUGAUCUCGCUGGAGAGCAACAGCGAUGCUUUGGGUCUGGCUAUGUUCAUCCUCCAGCGGCUGCUCUGGAACCCAGACAUCGCCGCUGAGUUCAGACACCCCAGAGUGCCUCACCUUUACAAAGACGGCCAUGAGGAGGCGCUGUCUCGCUUCACUCUCAAGAAGCUGCUCUUGCUGGUGUGUUUCCUGGACAAAGCCAAAGAGUCCAGACUGAUUGAACACGACCCCUGUCUGUUCUGUGUGGAUGGAGAGUUCAAGGCGAGUAAAGACCUGCUGCUGGCCUUCUCGAGGGAUUUCCUGAGCGGAGAGGGCAUCCUCCCCCGGCACCUGGGCUACCUCGGGUUACCCGUCUCCCACGCCCAGAGGCCUCUGGACGAGUUCAACUUCGCUGUGAAGAAUUUGGCAGUUGACUUGAAAUGCGGCAUCCGUCUAGUGCGUGUGAUGGAGCUCCUCGUCCAGGACUGGAGUUUAUCAGCGAAGCUCCGUCUGCCGGCCAUCAGCCGCCUGCAGAAGGUGCACAACGUCGACGUCGCUCUGCACGUGCUCAGAAGCAAAGGAAUCGACCUCAAGGAUGAACGCGGUGUCACUAUUGACUCCAGAGAUAUUGUAGAUGGACACAGAGAAAAGACACUGAGCCUCCUGUGGAAAAUCAUCUUUGCAUUUCAUGUGGAGGUAAUUCUGGACGAGGAUCAGCUCAGAGACGAGAUCGGCUUCCUGAAGAGAACCCUGAGAACCAAACGGAGCCUGGCGUCUCUGAGGGCCGAUCGGGGCCUUCAGCCGAGUCCUGCAAUGACCAAGGGGCCGUACGAACACAGCAGCACCAAGGUUACCCUGCUGAUGGACUGGGUCCGCUCUGUGUGUGACUUCUACAACCUCAAGCAGGUGGAGAACUUCACCGUGACAUUCUCGGAUGGCCGCGUCCUCUGCUACCUUAUCCACCACUACCACCCCAGCCUCCUGCCAGAGGCGUCCGUCAGUCACAGCACCACUCAGACUGUCGAGUGCUCACCGAGGGGCCGACUGGAGCUCAGCUGCUCAGCCAGCGACUCCGACAGCUCCUUUGACUCCAUGCCGACAGGCCUGAACGGUUCUCCGUCACUGAAGUUUAAAGAGCUCCUGGACAACGAGAAAAACAACUUCAAACUGGUCAACAGUGCUGUGGCUUUCCUGGGUGGAGUUCCUGCCAUGAUCAACCCAGCUGACAUGUCCAACACCAUUCCCAACGAGAAGGUUGUGAUCUCCUACCUGUCCUUCUUGUGUGCUCGUCUGCUGGAUCUACGGAAUGAAACCAGAGCAGCUCGGGUCAUACAGGGCGCCUGGAGGAAAUACAGACUAAAGAAAGAUCUACAGCUCUACAAGGAGAGAAACAUGGCUGCGGUGAAAAUUCAGGUGGUGGCAAGGAGGUUUCUCCAAAAGUGCAGAGCUAAGAGGCAGAGUCAAGCUGCUGUUAUCAUUCAGUCAUUCUGGAGGGGUCAUGUAACCCGCAAGAGGCUGAGGCUGAAAAAAGAGGCUCAGCUUCGGACGGUGCAACACGAAGCAGCAACUGUCAUCCAGGCUCAGUGGAGGAUGUUUUCGGCCAUGAGGGAUUACCAAAGCCUCAGAUAUUACACCAUUGUUGUCCAGGCACAGUGGCGAAUGAGGAGGGCAGCCUCCUCUUAUGGAAAAAUCUACUGGGCAGCAACAGUCAUUCAGAAGUACUCACGAGCAUGGGCUCUUUCAAGAAGAGAUCGGGACCGUUAUCUCAGCCUUAGGACUGCAGCGGUGAAAAUACAGAAAGGUUACAGAAGAUGGAAAGCUCAGAAAACACGCAAAGAAAAUUGUGCUGCUGAAGUGAUACAAGCUGCAUUUAAGGAAUGGUACAAGAACAAGAUGGCAAAAAAAUCUGCCGCUGCUGUAAGAAUUCAAUCUUGGUACAGAAUGCACACGUGUCUCUGUGAAUACAGAAAGAUCAAGAGGAGUGCUGUGGUCAUUCAAGCCCAGUACAGAGGCCGUGCACAGAGGCGCUGCUUUUGGACGUUGAAGUUGCAGCACCACUCGGCUGUUGUCAUCCAGAGUGCCUUCAGAGGACUUGCUGCCAGGAAACAGGUGGCGAAGAUGAGAUGCGCUGCAGUCAUAAUCCAACGCCGGUUCAGGGCCUCUGUGACAAGAGACACGGAAAGGAAAGUGUUUCUGAGGAUGAGACACGCGGCUGUUGCCAUACAGGCAGCUUAUCGGGGAAAAGUGGCUCGAGAGUCGCUGAAAAAACGACACGAGGCAGCAACAGUAAUCCAGGCAGCUUUUAGGAAAUACGCUGCCCGAAGGCGCUACUUUGUCUUGAGAAAAGCUGCAACUGUGAUACAGCAGAGGUACAGAGCCACAGUUUUGGCUCGUAAGACAAAGAAUGAAUAUGACGGUCUUAGGAAUGCUGCGCUCACUUUACAAGCUAACUGGAGAGGCAGAGCUGACAGGAAGAGGAUAGACCAGUGGCAUCGGUGUGCAACACUGAUACAGGCCUGCUAUCGUCAGCACAGAGCACAAACAGAGUACAAAUCCAUGAAGGCAGCAGCUUCAGUCAUACAACAUGCUUACAGAGCCUUUGUGGCUGGAAAGGAGACGAGGAAAGCAUACCUACAGAAGAAAGCAGCAUGUGUUAUUCUCCAAGCUGGAUUCAGAGGCAUGACAGUUAGGACAGAGCUGAAGAAAAAGCACCAGGCAGCGACUGUCAUUCAGUCUUUUGUAAGGAUGUUUUUCUGUAGGAAACGGUAUUUUUCCUUCAAAGUGCAGCCAUUAUCAUCCAAAGCCGAUACAGAGCUCUUCUACUCUGCAGAGAGCAGCAAAAUGAAUUCAGAAAACUAAAGCAAGCCACCAUAAAGAUACAAGCUGUCUUCCGGGGAUUGAGAGUCAGGAACGACCUAAACAAAAGGCACAAUGCCGCCAGAACAAUCCAGGCUCAGGUUA